CCGUCAUAAGAUUUGCAGCAACGAAAGCGAACCUGAUCGCUGUCUCGUGUUCAAGUGGUGGACCAUUCAUCGUCAAAGGGUUUCCGACAUCUCAUAGGUUUUCGCCGUAAUGGCCAAGACAGAAACAUCUGUCUCCCUUCUGGGAACAACUGCCCCCAUAGAUCCUUCUUUGGCUUCCUUGUUCGCGACGAGUGCCGGUCCAGUCAAGACUCCGACAAUAAUCGCUCCGGCAGAAAAGCGCGCUACGAAAGAUGAGCAAGAUGACGAGAGCGAGGAUGAGAUCUCCGAGGCGGAAGACGAAGAAAUGGAAGAGGCCCCAGAGGCCGAGAGUGAUUCUGGAAGUAUAUCGGCGGUGAAUGUCUCCGAGGCCUUUAGUCGGAAGCGGAAGAGGGCGCCGGCCGAAGAAGUCGAGGACUCGUACAUGCGUCGCAUAGAGAAGGAGCAGCAAAAGGAGGAACUCAAGCGUCGUGAAGAGAAGGCUAAGCGACAAAAGAUCACAGAGGGUGAAAACGAAGACGAGGAGGAACAGCCUAAUGAAAACGACGAUGAAAGCGACAGCGAAGAUGAAGAGGAGACUGCGCUGCCGAAGCAUGAGAGUCUUACUGGAGCCGGUGAGAACGCGGAACUGGAUAAGUCUAAUCGCACUGUGUUCCUUGGCAAUGUGUCGAACGAGGCUAUCAAGUCUAAGUCUGCUAAGAAGACGCUUCUCAAACACCUUGGGUCAUUCCUUGACUCGCUUCCAGAAUCCACAGGACCCCACAAAGUUGAAUCAAUCCGCUUCCGCUCGACAGCCUUCGCUAGCGGAGGCAAGGUACCAAAGCGAGCUGCAUUCGCAAACAAGGAAGUCUUGGAUGACACGACCCCAUGCACAAACGCAUAUGCUGUGUACUCAACGGUGCAGGCUGCCCGAAAGGCCCCGGCUGCAUUGAACGGCACCGUUGUCCUCGAUCGCCAUCUGCGUGUUGAUAGCGUCGCGCAUCCCGCUCAAAUCGACAACAAGCGGUGUGUCUUCGUUGGCAACUUGGACUUAAUUGAUAAUGAGACCAAACCUGAUGAUGAGAAGAGGAAAAAGCCGCGGGCCCCCGCAGAUGUGGAAGAGGGUCUCUGGAGGGUGUUCAAUGCCCACACCGGUGGGUCAAAGAAGGACAGUUCUGGCAAGGGUAGCGUUGAGUCGGUUCGAGUGGUCCGUGAUUCUGCCACGCGUGUUGGAAAAGGGUUUGCCUAUGUUCAGUUUUAUGAUCAAAAUUGCGUGGAGGAAGCCCUCCUGCUGGAAGGAAAGCAAUACCCCCCUAUGCUCCCGCGCAAGCUACGUGUGUCUCGAGCUAAGAAGAUCAUGAAGAAGCGCGAUUCCAGUGGCAGCAAUCGAGGGAAGGCCCUUGCAGGCGCGGAUAAGACACUUCAGGGUCGUGCUGGUAAACUCUUUGGCCGAGCCGGAGCAUCCAAGGUCAAGGCUGCAGGAAGGACCUCCAUCUCGCAGAACUCGUUGGUGUUUGAAGGUCAGCGAGCCACGGAAGGAGCAUCACGCAUCCGAGUCAAGGGGAAGAGUCGUGGAUCGAAGGCUAAGCGCAACAGUCGGAGUAGCAAGCGCGCUGCAGCAUACAAGGCUGCUGGUGGUAGGAAAGGCAAGUUGGACCAGUAGGAAUAAUCUUCCGUUCGUUGUAUGGCGCGUUUCAUGUAUGUAAUUUAUCAUCCCGGACGGACAUAGGAGAUUGCGAACUUGUGUAAAAGCACGACUGGGUGUGAAAUUCAAGUCAAACCUAUGAGGAUUUUCAUGAUCUAUGUUUG